AUGGCAGCCAAGGCGAUCAGACCUAGGAGCGGACUUCAACCCGGAGUGGUACAGCGGCACGAGCGUCGGCACGCCGGAUCCAAGGACCACGUGGCCUCCCACGAAGCCGUCAAGCGCAUACCGCGCCCCGAGCAGCGCCCACAGAGCGGCCCAGCAGCGCCCAGCCGCGCCCUCAGCAGCGCUCCCACCAGGAGCACGCACAGCGCGGCCACCGCGCCCUCAGCAGCGUCACCCGCGCCGCCAGCCGCGUUAUCAGCAGCGCAGACCCAGCAGCGUCCCGCGCCGUGCAUUUCCACCCACGUGGCCAUCAGGUGCCCACAGAGCACCACCAGCAGCGCCAACAACAGCGCCGGACACGUCACUAGCCACACAACGAACCAGGAGCACGCAACGAGCGGCCCCGCGCCCUCAGCAGCAUUCAGCGCCCAUCGGGCGGCGUCAUUUGCACCACCAGCAGCACCCACCGAGUGCCUACCGAGUGCCCACCGAACGCCACCAGCAGCGCCCACAGCAGCGCCCACAGCAGCGCCCAUCAGCAGCCCCCAGCCGCGCCCUCAGCAGCGCCAACCGCGCCGGAUACGUGGGCACCCGCCACGCUACGAGCGCCACCAGGAGCGCCCAACGAUCAGCACCGCCGCUCACCAGCCGCACUCACCAAGCGCCAACGGGAGCGCCAGCCGCAACCACAUCGGUCAGCCAGUGCCGCACGUCAGCAGCACCUGCCGUGCGCCCAGCGCCCAGUCACGCCACUAG